GUAGACUGGGUCGGUUCACCAGUUGUAGCCGACACUCGGUGCUGGUCAUAGCCGACCUGUCUCGUGAGCCUCCACAGCCACCAUCACCACGCUCUCACCUCCACCAGCACGUUGAAGCAAGGAGCAUGGACCGCUUACCACAAUCUCUAAUAUUACUUCUCCUUACAACAAGUACAGCGACAGGGGGACGGCGGGUGGAUUUCCGGCACGGAGGCUUCCCCAAGUUCCCGGUGUCGGCCGCCGAGGACCCCAGCGUGAGAGGCGACUUCCCCACUAAUAUUCACUCCUGUGGCCGCACUAGCACCCCUAGGAUAGUGGGUGGCGCCACGGCUACUUACGGCAAUAACCCAUGGCAGGUACAGUUGGAAGUGUACAAGAAUGGUGACGGCUUCUCUCACCACUGCGGCGGGGCCAUCAUCUCCCCCUUCCACAUCGUCACCGCCGCCCACUGCCUACAGGUGCCAGGCGUGUCUCCUCAUGAUUACCGCGUUAAGGUUGGUGAUCACGACCUCACCCACAGGGAUCAAGACGAGCAGAUGUUUGAAGUCGAGGGCUGGACCAUACAUCCUAAAUUUGGCGUCGGUGGGAUCUACAACAACGACGUGGCUGUAGUUAAGGUGAAGGGUCAGCGAGGGAAAGGCUUCCAGAUGUCCAGAUUCGUGACGCCAGCGUGUCUCCCGUCCUCCACCACACCUUACGCCCCAGGCACCAAGUGUCAGGUGUCUGGUUGGGGCCUAACCGACCCUGACAACAAUUUCUCCAAGGUGGAUGUGCUACACAGCACAGAAGUUCUCUUGAUGGCGGACAACGAUUGCCAGAAGAUGCUGGGUACUCGAGGCUACGGUUCCGGCAUGAUCUGUGCAGGAUACAUGGAGGGCAAGAAGGACGCGUGUAACGGUGACUCCGGGGGACCUCUGGCGUGUAAUAUUGAUGGGUCGUACACACUGCUUGGAGUGGUGUCCUGGGGUAAAAACUGUGGUAAGCCUCAUCAACCAGGAGUCUACACACACAUCCAGCACUACUUAGAGUGGAUUCAAAGUGUAUUGUAACUUUUAAGGCGAUGCAGCACUACCCCCUCCCCGGCAGAUGGACUUCACUUGCUAGGCUCAACACGAGAGCUCAAGGCAGAGUCAAACAUCUGAGACGAAGAAUUGGACAAUGUGGCAGUGUGUGAAGAUCAUAUAUUAUUUUCCUAAGUACAUUUCCAAGAUUAUUAAUAACUUAUUGUCACCGUCACUCCCUCAGUAACCUCCAGUUUAUAAGAACAUUAAUAAGCGAAUCUAUACGUCGUCGACGCCAAUAUCACAGCAUACAAAACCUUAGAUAAGAUUUCUACUUGUGUUUACAAUAAUUAUAAAACUCGUAAACUAUACCAUGAUAAAUGGUUAUGGCGUGCUCUCACUCCUCUACUUAGUAACUUAAAUGGCGGCCACAAGUUAGGAAGGUUUGUGAUAGUGACUGAGCGUGACUCAAGUCUUGGACACACUGGCUAAUAUUUCUUUUGUGAGCCAAGUCCUGGGAUACAGUACAGUACACCAUACACAGUGGCCUCAACCUUAAACUAAAUGACAAGUCUCUAAGUUCAAAACAAACUGAAUGUAAAAUGUACUUGGAAGUAAAGUUUGUUAUACAUUAAUAACACCACCAAGUUGUGGGAGUUAAAAAGAUUUUAUUUUAUAAAUAAAAUUUGUCAAAAUAAAUA